CAAUGUAUAAUUUUUAGCGUAAAGCAAGUCCUUCCUCCUCCACGGCAACAGAAACAAACAACCUCUGCGCGCGCAUCCAUCGGUAUCUGCAGAAGCAGCCGAGUAACCUUUCUGGCAGAUCGGGCCUUUUUCACCUUCCGUAUUCGGGUCCUGAAAGUCAUUAUUCUUCAACUUCUCAAUGGAAUCAGAUUUGGACCCUGAGCACCAACAGAUCAUGGGAGGAAGUUUUUCUCAUCCCAUGCAAAUUGAUCCCAGUCGUGCGCGAUUUCCAUGUUGUAUUGUGUGGUCUCCUCUUCCUGUUAUCUCAUGGUUCAUUCCUUUCAUUGGUCACAUUGGCAUCUGCAGAGAGGAUGGAGUAAUAUUGGAUUUUGCAGGGCCUAAUUUUGUGUGUGUAGACAACUUUGCAUUCGGAGCCCCAACUCGCUAUAUUCAAAUAAGUAAAGAAAAGCAGUGUUGCAUCCCCUCUUUUCAGUCUGCUUUCGGUGGAGAGGAUCAAUUCAUGCGGGAUGAAACCAGUGGGGACUUGAGGACUUGGGAUGAUGCACUAAGGAAGAGCACCCAGGAAUUCCAGCAUCGAUCUUACAAUCUUUUAACAUGCAAUUGUCAUUCGUUUGUUGCCAAUAAUUUAAACAGGCUGGGCUUCUUGUCUGGGGGAUGGAACGUGGUAAACCUUGCAAUUUACAUUUUACUCAAUGGUUCUUGGGUCUGCACAGCGUCUAUUCUGAAAUCUGUUUUACCAUUUACUGUUGUGGUUUUUCUUGGAAUCACGUUUGGGGGCUUCACCUUCCUAGCUUAUUGGUCAUUCUUCACCUUUGCUCUUUUUGGCUGGUUCCUCCUCGGUACUUACUGUUUCAAAAACUUGAUUUACUUGUAGUAUGUAUUUUUCAUAUUGCUACACUGUAUCAUACAUUAAUUCAGUUCAAGUCUGGUAGAUAUCCAAACUGUCA